AUGGAGACGUGUGAAGCAGAGCAGCAGCUGGACCCAGGUCAUGCAGCUACAGCAACUUUGUCAGCUUCAUCAUCAGAGAAGGAGCUUGACAGGAUUCGUAUGGAAUUUUUGAGAAGGGUAUCAGAAGAACUCCUUAAACAGCUCCUUGAUGCUCUGGCAUGCGAUGGUGUGUUCAAUGAUUUGGAGAAAGAAUCAGUACUUCAGGAAAACAAACUCAGAGUAGAUAAGGCUCGUGACUUGAUUGACAAGGUGAAGAAAAAAGGAGACGAAGCCAGCAGGAAAAUGAUCAGAUACCUCCAGACCAUGGAUCCCACUCUCUCCUCUGCACUGCAUCUGUCAUUGUCAUUCGAUCCAACUGCUCAGCAAGAGAUUAUUCAAAAAUGUCAACCUAAACUCAAGUCAAAGCUGAAAAAGAAGUUCCAGUGUCUAUCUGAGGGGAUUGCUAGAGCAGGAAUCAAAGCCCAACUGAGUGAGAUCUACACAGAGCUCUACAUCACAGAGGGAGAGACAGCAGAGGUCAAUGUUGAACAUGAGGUCAGACAGACUGAAACAGCAUCCAGGAAACCAGCUAGACCAAAAACAAAAAUCCGACAAGAAGAAAUCUUUAAACUCCCACCUGGAAGAAAAGCACCAGUAAGAACAGUUCUGACAAUGGGAGUAUCUGGCAUUGGGAAAACAGUCCUCACACAGAAAUACACCCUGGAUUGGGCUGAAGACAAAGCCAACCAGGACAUACAGUUGAUAUUUCCAUUCACUUUCAGAGAAGUUGUGUUCAUCUUUGAUGGUCUGGAUGAGUGUCGACCUCCUCUCAACUUCCACAAAACUACAAUCCUAACUGACCCCAGAAAGUCCACCUCGGUGGAUGUGGUGCUGAUAAACCUCAUCAGGGGGAAACUGCUUCCCUCUGCUCGCCUCUGGAUAACCACACGACCUGCAGCAGCCAAUCAGAUCCCUCCUGACUGUGUUGGCAUGGUGACAGAGGUCAGAGGGUUCACUGACCAACAGAAAGAGGAGUACUUCAGGAAGAGAUUUAGAGAUGAGGAGCUGGCCAGCAGGAUCAUCUCCCACAUGAAGACAUCACGAAGCCUCCACAUCAUGUGCCACAUCCCAGUCUUCUGCUGGAUCACUGCUACAGUUCUUGAACAAGAGCUGAAAACGAGUGACAACAGAGAUCUGCCUAAGAGCCUCACAGAGCUGUACCUACGCCUUGUGGUGAUUAACUUAAGAGUGAAGAAUGACAAGUAUGAAGGAAGAUCUGAGACAGAUAAACACUGGAGUCCAGAGAACAGAAAGAUGAUCGAGUCUUUAGGAAAACUGGCUUUUGAUCAGCUGCAGAAAGGAAACCUGAUCUUCUAUGAAUCGGACCUAACGGAGUGUGGCAUUGAUAUCAGAGAUGCCUCAAAGUACUCAGGAGUUUUCACACAGAUUUUUAAGAGAGAUAAGUGUGAAAUGUUUUCAGAAAUGGUCUACUGCUUUGUUCAUCUGAGCAUUCAAGAGUUUCUGGCUGCAGUCUACAUGUUCCACUGUCACACCAACAGGAAGACAGAUGUGCUGAAGAACUUCCUGGGAAAAGCCUGGAAACAUAAAAACAGUGUUGCAGUUCUGGAUUUGUUUCUAAAAAGAGUCACAGAAAAAUCCCUUAAAAGUAAAAAUGGCCACCUGGACCUGUUUGUUCGCUUCCUUCAUGGCCUCUGUCUGGAGUCCAACCAGCGACUCUUAAGAGGUCUUCUGGGUCAAAUAGAGAACAGUCCAGACACCAUCCAGAGAGUCAUCAACAACCUGAAGAAGAUGAACAGUUAUAAAAUCUCUCCUGACAGAAGCAUCAACAUCUUCCACUGUCUGAUGGAGAUGAACGACCUCUCAGUACAUCAGGAGAUUCAAGAGUUCCUGAAGUCAGAGAAUAGAUCAAAGAAGGAACUCUCUGAGAUCCACUGCUCAGCUCUGGCCUUCAUGCUGCAGAUGUCAGAGGAGGUUCUGGAUGAGCUAGAUUUGAGGGUGUACAACACAUCAGAUGAGGGAAAACGUAGACUGAUUCCAGCUGUGAGGAACUGCAGAAAGUUUCGACUUUCGGGCUUGGAACUCUCAGAGACUGACUGUGAAGUUGUGGCCUCAGCUCUGAAGUGCAACCCCUCCCAUCUCACAGACCUUGAUCUGAGUCUGAACGUCCUGACAGAUUCAGCAGUGAAGCUUCUGUGUGCUGGAAUGGAGAGUCCAAACUGUCAACUGGAGAUUCUGAGGUUGAUGCAGUGCGAGUUUUCAGAGAUGAGCUGUAAAUACCUGGUAUCAUCUCUGAAUUCCAACCCCUUCCAUCUGACACAUCUAGACCUGAGUUUUAACAAGCUGCAGGAUGCUGGGUUGAGACACUUGUGUGUUUUUCUGGAGAGUCAACAAUGUAGACUGGAGACUUUGAGAUUGAUGAACUGCUGUUUAUCAAAUGUCGGUUGUGAUUAUCUGGUCUCAGCUCUGAAACUAAACCCUUCCCAUGUGAGACAUCUGAACAUGAAUUUCAAUGACUUGUACAAUUCAGGAAUGAACCAGUUGUGUGGCUUACUGGCAAAUACAGACUGCAAACUGAAAAUUUUGGGAUUGCAGGACUGCAGUUUGUCAGAUAUUAGCUCUCUGGUCUCAGCAUUGAAGGCUAACCCUCUGUAUCUGGAAGUUCUGGACCUGAGUAAAAACGACCUGCAUGAUUCAGGAAUGAAGGAGCUGUUUGACUAUUUGGCAAGUCCGGACUAUGGACUAGCAGAACUGAGUUGGAGUACUCUGUCAGACACCAUCUAUAAGGCUUUUGUCUCAAUGUUGAUGUCCAACCCCUCUGUUGUGAGAGGCAUGAGCCUGGGAUUCAACAACCUGCAGUAUUCAGGCGUGGAGGAGCUAUCUUCUUUUCUGGAGAGUCCAGAGUGUAGACUGGAGACUCUGAGUUUGGUGGACUGCAGGUUAUCAAAGAUCAGCUAUGAUCCUCUGAUUAAAGCUCUGGACUCCAAACCCUCCCAUCUGAAAGAGCUUGAUCUUCAAAUACCCAGCCUGCAGGAUUCAGGAGUGAAGCAGCUGUGUGGUUUUCUGGAGAGUCCAAAAUGUAUACUGAGAUUUCUGAGAUUGAAGGGCUGUGGUUUGUCAGAGAUUAGCUGUGAUUUUCUGGCAGCAGCGCUGAAGUCCAACCCCUCCCAUCUGAGGGAGAUGGACCUAGAGAAAAACAACCUGCAGGAUUCAGGAGUGAAGCAGCUGUGUGGUUUUCUGGAGAUUCCAGACUGCAGACUGGAGACUCUGAGUUUAUGGGACUGCAGUUUGUCAAAGAGGAGCUGUGUGCAUCUGGCCACAGCUCUGGAAUCCAACCCCUCUCACCUGACAGCAUUGGACCUGAGUUUCAACCAACUGCAGAAUCCAGAUGUGAAACACUUGCUUGAACUUAAGGAGAGUACAGACUGCAGACUGGAGAAACUGGAGUGGGAGGGCUGGCUGGUUGAAGGAUGGAGGUUUCCACGACAAGCUUCUGCUUUCAUUUUGAUUGCUAGCCGGGGUUUACUGCUGCGGUAGGCAGACAGUGAUUCAUGCUUGACUAAAUAAAAGAUUUUUCUCGCUCAUUAAAGCUAAGAUUUCCCUUUCCUUUGCUAAACUGUAGCAGAAAUUCUCAUUAAUAUACUGCAAAUUAAGGACGUAAAAGAUUUGAUUUUUAUUUUUUAGCUUUAAGCAAGUCUUUAAGCAAAUUUUUGGGUUCUUCCAUAUAAAGUUCAUCUGUAUCCCACUCCUGACCUCCUCAUCAUCAGUAUUUUUUAUACAAUUUAAUGAAUUGUUAAAGGCAUAAUCUGAAUUUUCUCAGCACUACAGUAGCAAAAAGGUGGAUUGACAGGUAAUGGCUUCCUGCCGCCUUGUUUCAGAAUGAGAAUCAGAAAGACUUGACCCCUGCCUGUUUCUCGAUUAAGAAUUUGGACUGCAGGACUUUAAUUGUGUCUUCUUCCUCCGUAAUUAUUACAUAACUUGAAAAUAUAUUCAUAGUAUGGAGGUAAAAUUUUCCAUGGCUUCAUUAAAAAUGCUAAAAUUACUACAUAUAAGAAAUCACCUAAAUCUGAGGGGAUUAGCUGUUCAUCACAAACUGAUACCCUUAGCAAGCAACAACUAAGAGUCAAUAAAUCAAAAACCAGGGAAAAAGCUCCAGAUGAAAAAAGAAAAACACAGCAAGGAGCUUGCAUUUAAAAAAGCCAGCUCAUACUCAAAACAUCAGCCAAAGUAGAGGAGGAGCAAAGGACAGGGCGAGGAGGUGGAGAUUAGAUGGAAAAGUUGUUAGAGUUUGUAUUGUUGAUUGUCAUUUAUGCUUAGAAACAUUUACUCAUAUAUGCU